UUCUUAAGAAAUAUAAUAUCCCUCGUGAUCGAGUUGUUAUUUUGAGUAAAUGUUUUGGUCCAGUUGAUGAAGAAAACCCUACUUUCGGGUUAUUCACCCAAAACCAGUUUCCUGCCAUUGAUUAUUAUAAUUCUCAAGGUCUUUCUCGAAAACAUAUCUUUGAUGCAGUUCAAAAUAGUCAACGUAGAUUGGGAACAUAUAUUGAUGUAUUACAGAUCCAUAGACUUGACCCAACUACACCCAAGAAGGAGAUUAUGAAGGCAUUAAAUGAUGUUGUUGAUCAAGGAUAUGCAAGAUACAUCGGUGCUUCUUCGAUGAAGGCAGUAGAAUUUGCCGAGUUGCAAUAUAUCGCACAUGCUAAUAAUUGGCAUAAAUUCAUUAGUAUGCAGAAUUAUUAUAACUUGAUCUAUAGAGAAGAAGAAAGAGAGAUGAUUCCAUUUUGUCAAAAGAAUGAACUUGGAGAGGUUGGUAUUAUUCCUUGGUCUCCUAUUGCCAGAGGUAUUUUAGCAAGACCGGUUGGAAAAGAAUCAGAAAACAAAAGGGAUAUAAAGGACAAAGGUAUCACUCGAUUACACCUUAAUGAAUUGACCAAACCUGAAGAAGAGAUUAUUGGAAGAAUUCAAACUUUAGCAAAGAAGUAUAAUGUUAGUAUGGCAGCUCUUGCUACCAGUUGGGUUAUUGGUAAGAAGUGUAAUCCAAUUGUUGGUCUUUCUUCAGUUGACAGGGUUGAUGAUAUUUUAACUGCUACAACUAUUCAAUUAACUGAAGAGGAUGUUAAAUUUUUAGAAGACCCUUAUGUUGCAAAUGCGGCUAUGUUUUAA